GUGGGGAGCGGCGCUGCGGCGGCGCGCCCGCCUCCUUCCCCUCCGCGGCCUGCGGCUGGGCCAAGGGAGCGGCUGGGGCUUGGCGAGGCCGCCCGCGGUGUUGGCAGCUGGCGUCGCAGUGGAGCCCGGCCGCCGUGCCCGGCCCCCGAGGCGCUUGCGCCGCGCUUGGCUUCAGGGCCGGCGCUCGCUGGCUCUUAGGCCUUCCCGGCUCCUUCCUUGCCUGGUGACCCCCCGAGGAGAGGCGCUUCGGAGCCCUUUUCAGUUCGCCGUUUGGUGAGCAGCGGGCGAGGCCUUGGCUGCCCGACGGCGACUUUGGAGCCGGCCUCUUCUCCGGCGGCCCCUCCUCUCAGUCCCGAGCGCCCCUUUCUGGCUUCCGAGGGACCUUUGCUGUUGUCUGGACCGGGCGAGAUGCGAAGGCUUCCGCCUGCAGGAGGCAAACGCGCUGAUGGGGAGUGCUUCAUUGCAAGGCCCAAGCUGAAGUCCUCAUUUAGAAGCCACGCAGAACAGCAUGCCACACGCAGAACCUCUAAAAUAGUCCUGCCAUCAUAACCAAGAAUGUACGAUGCUGUUCCCAUCCAGCCCAGUGUGGUUUUGUGUUCCUGCUCAUCCCCAUCAAUGGUGAGGAACCAGGCAGAUUCCAGCUCUCCACCUGUUGCUGCCACCUGUGGCCGCAGACAGGGGCCGAACAUGGAGAGUACCGCAGCUGAGUCAAGGGCCACUGCAAAGUCUUUACAGCAGCCUGUACAGCCACGAAAGAAACGUCCAGAGGACUUCAAGUUUGGGAAGAUUCUGGGAGAAGGAUCUUUCUCGACGGUCGUCUUGGCCAGAGAAUUGGCCACAUCCAGAGAAUAUGCCAUUAAAAUUCUGGAGAAGCGUCAUAUCAUAAAAGAGAACAAGGUGCCCUAUGUGACCAGAGAGAGAGAUGUCAUGUCACGCCUGGAUCACCCUUUCUUUGUCAAACUCUAUUUCACGUUUCAGGAUGAUGAGAAGCUCUACUUUGGCCUUAGCUAUGCCAAAAAUGGAGAGCUCUUAAAAUAUAUUCGUAAGAUUGGCUCAUUUGACGAGACCUGCACCAGGUUUUACACUGCUGAGAUUGUGUCUGCAUUAGAGUAUUUGCAUGGGAAGGGAAUAAUUCACAGGGACCUAAAGCCAGAGAACAUCUUGCUAAAUGGAGAUAUGCACAUUCAGAUUACAGACUUUGGGACAGCAAAAGUAUUAUCUGCAGAUAGUAAACAAGCACGGGCAAAUUCCUUUGUUGGGACAGCACAAUACGUGUCUCCGGAGCUGUUGACAGAAAAGUCAGCCUGCAGGAGUUCUGACCUGUGGGCUCUGGGCUGCAUCAUAUAUCAGCUUGUUGCUGGGCUUCCGCCAUUCCGAGCUGGAAAUGAGUAUCUUAUAUUUCAAAAGAUAAUCAAAUUGGAGUAUGAAUUCCCAGAGAAGUUCUUUCCCAAGGCAAAAGAUCUCGUAGAAAAGCUUUUGGUUCUAGAUGCGACCAAGAGGUUAGGCUGUGAAGAAAUGGGAGGCUAUGAACCCCUGAAGGCCCAUCCCUUCUUCGAUUCCAUUGCUUGGGAGAACCUCCAUCACCAAACACCCCCCAAACUCACAGCCUAUUUGCCUGCUAUGUCAGAAGAUGAUGAAGACUGCUAUGGAAAUUAUGACAAUCUCCUAAGUCAGUUUGGAUGCCUACAAGUUUCCGGCUCUGCGUCCUCUCAGUCGCUGUCUGCCCCAGAGCUGUGUCCACCGCUGACAUCUGGCAACAACAUAGAGCAAUACAUUCAUGACCUUGACAGCAAUUCCUUUGAGCUGGACCUCCAGUUCUCCGAAGAAGAAAAAAGGCUGCUGUUGGCGAAACAGGCUGGAGGAAACCCCUGGCAUCAGUUUGUAGAAAAUAAUUUGAUACUGAAAAUGGGGCCAGUGGACAAAAGGAAGGGUCUGUUUGCUCGCCGGCGGCAGCUGCUCCUCACCGAAGGGCCCCACUUGUACUAUGUAGACCCUGUCAACAAAGUUCUGAAAGGAGAGAUUCCGUGGUCGCUUGAGUUACGGCCAGAAGCAAAGAACUUUAAGACAUUUUUUGUCCACACACCUAACAGGACAUAUUACCUGAUGGACCCAAGUGGAAAUGCGCAUAAAUGGUGUAAAAAGAUCCACGAGGUUUGGCGACACAGAUACCACCAGAAUGCGAUGAAAUAAAGCUGCUCUCCAGCAUCCAUCUCCCUCCUUGCUGCUAGAGCGCCGCAGCCAGAGAACCUUUCCCAGCUUGUCUCCAGGGGAAGCCAGUGGCCCACACUCAUUUCCUUUCCAAGGAAAAACCAACCUAUGGGGGGAUUCAGGGUGGCUUUGCUUGCUUUUCUGCGUCUUCUGAGGCUUCCACAUACUCUGCUGCAGUGACUGGCAAGCUUUUCCUUUUGUGCCCUUCAGCUCCCUUUCUUCUGCCGCCGACGAGGGGUCUUGGCAUAACCGGCUGUGCUGUCACCAGUCAGUGAGGCGAGGCACAUCUCAUCUAAUCCACAGUGCAACCAUCUUUCAUCAGGGAGCUUUGGAAGGGCCCGGCAUUCCUGCUCCCCCCCUUUGUUCCUUUUGUUGGCUUGUUGUCUGACAGCACUUGCAGUGGCAGUGAGCGUACCCUCACAGGAUUCUGGUUGCAUUUAGAUUGCAGGAUUCUCCAUGGAUGGUACUUCCUUGGGAGUUGCACAUUUUGCAGGCACACUCCAGCACAGGUGGAAGAAGGAGAGGGAAUUGUUGAACACAGCACUUAAGAUGUUUGCGAUCUUGGCACUCUGAUCUCAUAAAAUUUUGAAAUGAAAUUUUAAUUUGGUGCAUUUACAUGUUUAACUAAGGAGCCCUACAAUUGCCAGCAUGCUUUUAACUAAUACUAACUAUGACGUUAACUAGUAUGUACAAGACUUUCUUGAUGUAGGAAAUAGACUCUUCACCUUUUCAGAAGAGGAGAGUGAGCCCAUGUCUUUGCAGGGAGCGGCAUGGACAUAGCAUUGUGGGAGUGUGUUUGGGGGGGGGGGGCGGGAAGGGAGGGGAAAGAAGCCUGAGCAACUGAGGGGCUCGUGUACAACUGAUGACUUGAGUGGGUGUCUCUUUGUAUAAUGAGGUGUACAAAUAUUCCUGUCUGGUUCAUUGUCCAAGCAUCUGAUCUUUUAGCAACUUUGAAAAUAGUUUACAUGAUUUAAAUAUAUAUUUAAGCCCCUCCACUAAUUGGACUAAUUGUUGUAUUCCUGUAAAAAUGUUGAUAUCAAUGAGGGACAAGCUUAUGGUACUUGAGUGAUAUCUAUCAAAUGUUUCAUAUCGUUCUUUUGUCCUUUUCCAAUUAAACUGUCAUGGUCAAAUGUU